GCUUUAUUAUUCAUUGUGAGGUUGAAUAUGUACGACGCAAUCGUUUGUUAUUCACACAGAAAGGCAUAUCGCUUAAAAGUGCUCUAUUAGUAGGCGUUCAUAGAAAAUUCGAGAUAGCAUGGUAAUAAGAAAUUGAGUUUUCUCAUUGAUUGAGUGGAGUGAUUACGAAAAAAUGAGUGCCCCUAUAAUUAUAACGGUGCCUAACAACUACUUGGUGAAGGAGGAAGAUUCGGAUAUGAUUCUAGAUGUAGCGUCACCGUCUCCGUCCAGGAAACGGCGACUGGACCAUCUGACAUGGGAAGAAAAAAUGCAAAGAAAGAAACUGAAAAAUCGCGUGGCAGCACAGACUUCUCGCGACAGAAAGAAAGCCAAGAUGGACGAAAUGGAGAGUCAGAUAAGGGAUUUCAAAGAAAUGAAUGAGCGUCUCACAAGUGAGGUGGAGAGCUUGAAAGCUUUGAACGAGAGGUUGAUUAGCGAGAACGCAGCGCUACGCGAAGCGGCGGCGGCGCAGAGCGUCCCGGGUGGGCAAGGACCAGCGGAGUCUACUCCUCAGCAGAAGGAGGCCCCCCCGGCGGCGGUCCGCGCGGCUCGCCUGCUGCUAGCGAUGUGUCUCCUAUCGCAGACCUCCUCGCGCAAUUCGAUUCAGAGGAAUACAUCGACACCUUACAUGAACUUGCAGACUCCCUCCUCCAAGAAAUUGAUGCAGGUGCUGCAGGAACGACUCAACAUGUCGAAACCAGGAAAGCUGGAGAGUGCCCUAAAGGAGAUGAAGUGGUGGGGCCCGCAACAGAACAACUGGAACCCAGUCGAGGUGCUGUAGUAGACAUCAAGCAUGACGUCGACAGGAUACUGGCACAACACUCUUAUGCUCAUCCCUACACACACGCAGAAGACCUUCUCGAAAUCAAAGAGGAGAACAACGACAAAGGCGAC